AUGCCACCUUCACGCCGCAGCACCCGCUCGUCGCAGGCAGGCGGCAAGCAGGCGACCCUCUCGUUCCACAACCGCGUGACCAAAUCCGGCGCCCAGCCCGGCAAGAAGGACCUCAUCUCGUCGACGACCCCGACCAAGGCGUCGCCGCUCUCGAAGCAGAUCUCCCGGAGCGAGGACGAACCCGUAGCCGAGAAGCAGGUCUCGGUGGAGGAGCAGGAAGAUGGUCAUGAGGACGCUGCUGCGGCGGCGCCCGUAGAGCAGGAGCAGGAGCCAGAAGCCCCGUCCGAGGCCGAGCUGCGCGCCCGCGACAUCACCGACCGCCAGAUCUCGGCGUACUGGAACCGCCUCGAGCGGGAGCGCACCGCCAAGCGCGUGCACCAGCAGGACCUGAGCCUCGCCGAGAAGGUGCUGCGGUACUUCGACGUCAGCAGCCAGUACGGGCCUUGUGUCGGCAUGUCGCGCAUGAAGCGCUGGCAGCGGGCCGACAAGCUGGGACUGAACCCCCCGUCCGAGGUCCUGGCCGUGUUGAUGAAGGAGGAGGAGAAGGGAACCAAGGGCAUCGAGGCGGCGCAUAUGGACCAGAUCCUCAAUUCGACCGCUGUCGGUGCAAACUGA